AUGCCCACCGUGUUUAGCAAGCCAGUUCAGACCGAGGCUCCGGCCGAGGUCUACCAAUCUGAUUCCCUCGACCGACUAGACCCAAUAUCGUCUGAGGAUGAGAUCACCGAGGCUGGAGACGCCUUUGCAAACCGAGUCUUGAAGCAAUGGACCCAGAUCCGAACUUAUCGCUACAUAACUGAUAACGAGGGCCAGUUGGCGCUUAUGAAUGGCCAAAUGACCAUGGAGAUCCAUGACUGGCACGGUGAUAGCCCGAAAUUCAUCUUGCGCAACAACCCAACCGGCAACCAGAAGGGCGAGAUGAAUGUGGUGCUUAGGGAAGGGGGGUUUGUGAGAGUUGACUUCAAGAUGCCUCUCGAUUACCCCGAGGGAAUGGCAGGGUUUGCGGCAGCGCUAGAAGGGUUCUUCGGACCUCAGAGGGAACUCGGCAUCGUCAACAUCGAGCUCGGCUGUGACAAAGUCAACCAAGAGUCGAGACAAUCCAAGAAUAGCAAGCACCAUAUCAAAUGGACGAACCCCUGGGAUAACUACGGUUGUCGGGUAAACUGGACAAAGCCCAAAGCCAAGUCUAACACUCUGAAGAUUAAGAUCGUGAUCAUCAAGAGCGUCAGCCCGGCGGAGCAGAUGGUAAUGACCAUCGACGAGCGUUCCGAGUUUUACAAGGGACUUUCACAUGGCGACCCUAACCUUUUCGGCAAAUGGAUAGCGAUGCCGGCAAGAGUUUGGCUUCGUACGAUGUGGAUGGCUUCGCAAAUUGGUUCAAUAGACAAGAAAUUGUUUGGAAAGUUGCCCGUCGACGAGGAAAAGUGUUCUGACGAGAGUGCCCUUUCACCCCCCUCAAAGAAGAGCAAGAAAAAGCACAAGCGCAAGCAGAAGAAGGGAAAGCGCACCUCACCAGGACGUUCCAUGCUUGAAGCAAACGAGGAAGAAACCCAACAGGCAACCGAACGACAAGUAACCACUGAAGUGACUGAGAUCUCUGAGACACUGGAGCCAGUUGCGGCGUCUGAAGCCCAAAGCCCAACUGAAGAAUUGGCAACCGAUAUCCCAGUUGCCAGCUCGGAAGUUGUGUCCCAUCCAGAGCCGGAAUCGUUGGACCCGCCGAAAAGGAUGGAGUCAGGUGGUGAGCAGGUGGAUUUGGUGGUACAAGAGAGUAAACAGAAGGAAGCGUCGGCGUUUGCAGGAGCAAGUGGAGAGGUGCACACACCGCAGUUUACCCGUCGACGUGGCUACUUGCUAAAAGGAGUGCAGACGAACUUCCCUUACAAGGGAGUUCCGACUGAGCAGCAACUUGCGACAGUUGCUGGCCAAAACCCAGUCACUGCAUCUCUCUCUCCACGUACACCAAGUUCCUUGCCGAUCUCGGCUACAUCAUUUGGGACGGCCGGAUCCAACCUCUCCCCUUCUACACUCCUCCCGUCAUCCUCUCCUGCCCAGUUCUUCACGCCCAUGGGCAGCCCUGCCGACGAGAGAGACAUUCUUGGCGAACUGGGCCCCAUCGUGGAGGAGGAGGUGGAAGUUGAGAUUCGGUACCCCGUCCCCAACAAGGGGGACGAGCUGUCUUUCUCCGACUCUGAAGAGUACACCCGUGAUUGUAUGGAGGGAGCCAACCUGCCGCCUCGGAGCAGAUUUUCCUUCCAUGCAUUCCCAUCGGGGCUUUUCGAGGCUCGGGGAGAGGCAGUCUUGUCUCCCUCGACCGACCCUCCAUCGAACCUCGUCCCCUUCGGUGCCCGGGUCACAACAGACGAUGCCGAGCUUGGGACUGAGCAGUCCUGUUCCAACCACCCUUCCCACAAUUCCAAGCAAGCUCGUGCGGAGUCUGUUGUGGCCCACAACACGAAGGGGCCAACAAAGAAGAAGCAGAAGAAAUGGCAAAAGCGAAAGGAAAAGCGGUUUAAGAAGACCCGCGAGUCGCUUGAGCCCAGCCUGCCUGCUUCUUCUUUGGGUCAUGGGGUGGAAGGUCGCAUUCCGUCUCCCCAUGGGACGUCUCGGGAUGAAGAAGUACCUCCCGGAGCAAUGCAGUUGGGCGGCAGCGGGGCUCCAUCCGCCUCUGGCCUGGACCUGCGGACAGUCGGGGUCCGUUGUGCCAAGGUAGACUGCGACGCCGUUUGUGGCUACGCGGAUGGAGUCUCCGUUGUCUGCCCUGGAUGCGGACCGUUUUCCUACGUCCGCUACUGCGGCAAGCACCAUCUCUGGGAGGAUGCCAAGGCACAUUGGCUGUAUUGUGGCACGGCUUCAAUGCAGGAAAUGUGCAUGGCAACUUCGAUUCCUUACGACGUUCUCGUGGGUCCACCAAUGCUGCCCGGUCGCUAUAAUUCUGGCUUGCCAGAGCGCCAUCGUCAGGCGCUUUGGUUCAGUACCGCCAGUGACCAAGGAGAUUACUUCUUAUUCACGGACUGGACCGACAUUAUGGCGGCCGAGGACCAGCCAGAGGUCCACUUGGAGCUGCGAUGUUCACCUCGAGUCGCAUACACCGUGCGAUUCGAGGACGCCGCGGAGAAGGACAGAUUCCGUCGGUGCCUAGCAAUCUGUCUCUUCGCGGCGGUUGAAUAUCCAGCCCUCGUGGACUAUGUGUACCGGCUCAUCCGGGACUGGUUGGUUGCCCACAACUUUUGGGCCAGUGACAACAACAUGGACAACAUGCUGGCCUACCAGCUGGGACUUGAGUUCGGUCACCUGCUCAAGCCCAGUUGCCGGCAUGCUUGUGAGACGGAAUGGGUUGGGGCCAACCCUCGCGACUGCCAGGAUCCAAUGUGCGCGAGCGAGCGUCGCCCCACGUCGUCCGAUGACUGGUGCAUGGGGAUGGGGUUCCGGCGCCUGUGUGAUUACCUUGAAUACAAGCAUUGGAUCUUGAGGGCACACCGGACCACCCAUGCUACCAUCAGCGACGUGGUGGCUUGCACGUGCGGGAUAGGAUUCCCGGGGGUCCUCCAAGCGGACCGGCGGUUUUUCCGCCGUGGCGAGGGUUGGGAUGGGGUGGGAGCGGGCCCCAUGGAGUUGGAGUGGUGA